AUAAAAACCGAAAGUGCAUCUGACAGGAGACCCAUCUCUCCUCUUCUCCUGGGUUUUGGUCCUGCUCGCUCUUCUUCCUCCUCACAAGUCACAGCACGGGCGCCGGCCUCCUCAUACCACACAAAUUCCUCAACAAUUCCGCACCGAUCUCCGCCCAAUCUGCCGAGGGCCAGCCGGUGUCCCCGGGAUGCGGCGAGGAUUCAUCGGCUCGCUGUAGUGAUCUUCGCGCCGCGGCGGCUGGCUAGAUGAUCUGCGCAGGCGGAAUCCUGAUCUAGGAAUGGAGCCGUCGGAUCUGAACACGCACCUGCCGCCCCGGAAGCGGCUGCUCGCCGGGUUCAGGACGGCGGCCGCGGCUUCAUCCGAUGCCUCCGAGCAGUCUCCGCCGCCCCCGUCCCCUCUCAUCCUCCCCGACGAUCUCGCCGCCCGCCUCCGUGGAAUGAUGGGUCCCCCGGCCAGCACCCCGCCCUCGCCUGAAGAGAUCAUCCAGGCCGCCCGGCACGCCGCCUCCGCAGCUGCCGAUGCUGCCGCGGCAGCCCGGGCAGUCGCCGCGGACAAGGCGGCCGUGGCCGCCAAGGCUAGGGCUGCUGCUAGGGCAGCCAUGGAGCUCCUCGAUUCCAUCUCCAUCGCCAGGUCCAGAAAUGGGAUCCAGCUCAAGGCCAAGUCGAGGAAGAAGCAUGUCCAGGUCAAGCUCUUGUACAGGCCGCCUGGCGAUGGCUGGGCGAGCGAGGCGGGGAAAGAAACCGUGGGCGAUGAUGAUGAUGAUGCUCCUCCCAGGCUUCGGAGGCACAGGGAGAGCGAUGAGGAGGUCGCUCGCAAGCUGCACCGCGUGAUGAACAGCUCGCCGCGGAUAUCUUUCACUGGACCAAAGAGGCCCCGUGGCAUUGACGCUGGCAAUGAUGAAUGCCAUGGUGAGGGUGGUGGGGGUGAUGCUUGCAAUGGAUCUUCGAUGCACACGUCGCCAACUGAGGUUGGCGGGUUGGUUAAUGGAUGUUCUGCUGGGAAAUCUGGCGAGAGAACUGUUCACUUUACCAAGAUUAGGGCUCCAGAUGGUGAUGGUGAGGAGUCUUCUUGGAACGCUGCACAGAGUAGGCACAUUGCUGAUAAUGGAGUUGGAAUUGGAAACUCAAGUGCUGGUCGCAAAGUGAAGAUCAAGAGGAAGCAACUGUUUUUGAAUCACCAUGACAGUAAAGAGAGAGAAGAGCGUACAGAUCCAUCCAUAGAUUCUAUAGUGUACGAUGAAUUGAAGUCAAAUGGUGCAGAAAAGAGAUCGAGUUUCGCAGAUGCAAGGGCACCACGGGGGGAUGAUCCUGUGCCGAUGAAGAUUUCCUCCGUGUGGAAGUUCAAGAAGUUCAAGCCAUCGUCGCACUGCUCUUCCUCCGACAGCAAGAUGUUGCACAAUGUGUGUUCCUCAGCUGAAGCCUCUGCUUCGGUGAAAGCUGAUUGAGUGAGGUACCUUAGCUUAUAGUUGGCAGAUGCUUGUUGUGAGAUUUUGUAUGUUGAAAUAUUACUAUUCGGACAAACAGCGAGGGGAGGUAAUCUCUCUCGGUAGAUUCCCACCUUUCAUUUGAUUUUUAUACAAAUGUGCCAGCUUUAUGUUAUAGAAGUUACUGGGUAUUGCUACCAAAUUAUUUCUGUUUUGUACUUCCCAUUUUGUACCAGUAAUGAUAGAAACUUUGAAAAA